AUGCACAACUGUACACUCAUCUUUAUCGCAGUAACAAUUUAUAAUUCUUCAGUGCCAAAUGUCACAAGUUAUUUGAUUAGGCGAUACGUCUACACAUCUAACAAUCCACUUUUGAAUUUGUACAUGAUUGGAUACAGUAAUGAGGAGCUCGAACUAGGCGUCUCUAGACAUAUUGAGGGGCUUAUUAGGAAGAGCAGGGAUUUUAACCUUGAUGGCAAUAUAGAUCAGGGUCAAACUCAAAGUAUUUAUCCACCUCCAGGGACAGAUUCUAAAUAUUCUAGUAAUGAAGAUGAAGAUUCCAUGACAUCGGAUGAUGAAGAAACAACAAAGGUGCCAAAAUGCCCUGAUAUAAAGCCUAAAGGAAUCCCAGAAACAUUUUUAUCUUCAAUUGUCCAAUUACCUGACUAUGACGACGAAGACUGGUGCCCUGAUUUUUACAUAGGCGAUUUAAAAUCGCCUGGGUCUGAGUUUAUUGAAAAAAACAACGAUUACAUUUUGGAAUGGGCUAAUACGCGUAGAAGAUCUAGAGGACUACCUCCAAUAAAAGUUAAGUGGAAGAAAUUGCCGGAAACUUCGUACUUGAAUGAUAAGGCACUUAACUUGCAAAACGUUACAGAUGUAAUAACAUCUGAGACCAGACCAACAGAAGGUAAUUACACCUGUGGAAAUAUUUGGAAUGUACCAGAAUUGCAGGAAGAAUAUGAAUUAGUGAAGAAUCAUUUGUUAAAGAGGGCAAAAGAUGAUGAACAUUAUGCGAGUGGUGGGGAACAAACUUUUUACGAUAAAUUGCCAAGAGAUGAGAAUGGAAUCGCAAUUUUUAACCGCGUCCAAGAUAUAGAAAAAUUGUCAUUUGAAGAGGUUAAACAUGAAUUGAUUGCCCGUGGCUAUAGAACACAUGGUUCACUUAAUGAGAUUAGGGAGAGACUAGUCGAUUCAUUCAAAGAUCCAAAUAGAGAAUGGAGAAUUGAAAACAUAGUGAAAAAGAAGCUUUGCAAGGACAAUUUAGAAUUGCCAGAAGAUGUUAGAGAUAAAUUGAGACAAAUAGAGGAGAAAGAAAAUUUUAUAGAACGCAAUGAGGGCACAGAUGAUUUAAAUGAAUUUACCAAUACACUGGCAGCGUUUUCAGAAAUAUCCCAGUAUUAUGAGGAUCCGGUUGGUUACCUAAAUUUGGAUUCUGGUAUUGAUAUCCAGGGCCUAACUGAAUCGGAGAUUGAGGAACUAAAAAACUCGCCUAAGAUUGAAGAUCUACACUUCCACGAGAAAAUUAAUUCUCCAGAAGUUGAUUUUGUGGAUAGACUAGAAAAGACAUUUAAUCUCGAAGAGAACCGGCCACAAAGACCAUUGCCAGAAUAUGAUCAGGAGGCAAGUAUAUAUGAAAUGAAAAAAAAAUUUUUGGAAAUAGAAGAUGGAUUUCACGAGCAUAAUGUCAAAAUGAUUGUAGAUAGAUUUGGGGUGUCUGAAGCAUUUGUUGUGGAUGCCUUGUGUAAAUUGGGAGCCAACACACCAAUUGACCCUAGCGAGCCCAUAAAAAGAUACAUAGAUUACAAUGCAAUAUGGAAUUUUUUAGAGUAUUUAAACAUUGUCGACCCAAUUGAUACUCAAGUAUUUUAUUCCAUUCAUACAUUGGAAGAUAUAGCAGAUGAAUAUGGUAUCUCUGUGAACGACCUAGUGGAGGCAUGCAAAAAUAUAAAUGUUAAACUGCCAUACGGGGCCUCGUCUCAACUGAAUAUGCAAUGUAAAUCCGCUAUGUUGCACUAUUUGUACAAGAAGGGGAAGAUAUUGGACAAAAAAUUUCCAAACCCGUAUCUAAAAAACCAUCCAACGCUCAUAACAGAUUCCAAUGAAAUUUAUCCUGUUGACGAUUAUGAGGUGGAUGAAGAGAUAUUAUCCCAUCCAUCCAAUACAUAA